AUGUGCUGCAGGCUCUCCGAGGGUCCCGAACACUGUGCCAUCACGGUCGGCAAGGACCACGAUUCAAGCAUCAGGUUCCUGUCCACGGGCAACGACGACAGGCAGGAGUUUGAGCAGCUGCCCGCCAACGCCACUUUGAACCGCGUCCUGUUCGAGGUCGCCUCGUCGCUACAAAACGACGUCUUUAUCGUCUUCCCCGCCAUCCCCGGCAUGUUCCUCGCCCUUGGCGUGGUCAUGUAUAUCAUUUACGGCGCGUUGAACAAACCCUGGGUCGGCCCCGCGUCUUCGUGGAGACAGUCCCAACGAAACCGCCGACUCGACAUCUUGCGUCUAGUCAUGCUUGUCCUGAUUGGAGGCAGCAUCGUCUUCAGCUUCGCGGCCGCGGUGUCGAAUUCUCAAAUGUUUGCCGCCGUGCAGCUGGCGACGAGUCACAACAAGCAACAGCCGGGCAUCUUCCAGGUCACCAAAGGCAGCGCCGCGCUCGCGCUGCAUUGGCUGGCCGUGAUCUCCACGAUCGGCUUCUUCAUCGGCAUCGUGAAGACACACGUCGAGAUCAGCAGCGUCCGCGUCAAGGUCAACCCCGAAGAUACGGCGGGAACGUCGGGCGCGCAAUCUUUCCAAGCCAAUGGCGAAACCAUCGAGCGAUCGUCAUUGCUCAAGGAUGCCGAACCUAUGGCCAUGAAUCCAGCCGGACUGGGACCACAAGCCCCAAGUGGGGCUGGAGCUAUGGGUGGAGCCAUGGGCGGAGCACGCGGCGGAGCAAUGGGCGCUCGAGGAGGCCGAGGGGCUCCCAUGGGACGGGGCGCCAUGGGUAUGAGAGGAGGCGGUAUGCGCGGCAGAGGACGAGCCAUGUAA